GGUGAUUCAUGCUUGAUAUAUAAAGCCACUUUCCCGCCCACUCCGUUCAAUCAAAAACACAUCACUGCUCUACGUCUUUUCUACGUUCAAGUUUAAAGCUUCUACUUCGAAAAGUCACCAUGGACGAAGUUCAGCAAAUAGCCCAGACGUAUAAGGUGGCCGAUAUACGCACCCGGAAGUCCCUCUGGUAUCGGCUACAUGUAUAUGUCUACGACCUUCGCAACUUCAGGACGGACAGCGCCGCAAGAGAUCGGCUCGAUAGUAUCGUGGAUAUCACCUACCUAGGCAAACCGUAUUUCAACGAAGAAGAAGUCGAAAUCCUUAAAAACAGUAUCUCUAAUAGCAGCGGGAGCGAGACUCUUGCCCAGAAAAUUGAAUCUACCCUAGAUGAACGAUUGAAUCGCCGCAUUAAAAAGCGCGUGGAGAGCAGCGACUUCAGGGUCUGCGCCGCUCACGACCUAGCACCUAUAUUUGAAGCUGUUUUUGAUAUACACCCGAAGAAGCUGGCUAAGAACUUUGUUCUCGUAUCGCUGAUUAGUUCGAGAGGGCUGAGGCUUCGAGACGAGGACGACAUUUCGUGCAUUCUGGGACAAACUAAGCUACAAGUUCUUGCGGCGAAACACGGAACAGGCAGCAAGAAGAAGGGAGGCAGGUAG